AGUAACUUAACCUUCUGAACACAAUUAUUUUGCUUAAGACCGGUUCUCCACCAAACGGAAUUCCCCAAAAACAAACGCAAAUAAAUGAUGAAUGUUUUCAUUUUCAUCUCAACCGCAUGAUUAUCCACAAUCUCACUGCAAAAAAUCAGCGUCACCUGCGUUCUAGUAGUAUAAUCCAAACGCGGUUUUCUUGGAAGAUUAUCCAAAACGCAGUUUCUACUCAAAAGAAAAAUCCAAACGCGGUCUGCACGGUCAUCUAUCACCAUUUCCGGCUCCAACAAAACACCGUUAUCCCUCCGUUUUCAUUCCCCGUUAAAUACAAGGAGGUGUCGCUCUCUAAUUUGAUCACAUAACGGCGCCGUCAAAUUCCCCGUUUUGAGAUUCCCCCGUCACUAUUAACGGAGACUGGACCACACUACCACCACCAACAGUCCCACACCACUACGAAAAAGCAAAUAUCCAAUCCUAACCGUUGAAUCCCUUUCGUCAUUAUCAUCGUCGUCUCCUCACUACACGCGCGUAACAACACUCUCUAUCACGCGCCAUUUUUUCCACCUUUCUCUCUCUUACAUUAACAAAACCAGAAAAAACUCAGAAAACUCCAACACCUGAAAAGUGAGAGAGUGAGAGAAGAGUGUAGAAUUAGAAUUAGAAGAAUUACAGUUUCAGAAGAACGUACUUGCAUAGUUUCAUCAAUGGUGAUGGCUCAGGUAGGUGUCAGAACACGAGCUCGAGCCGCAUUAGCCAUGGAAGCCACAAGCUCACUUCCACCAACUGUAAAGAGAAGAAAGAUCAACAGAGCCGAAAAUCGUAAAUUCUCAACCGUCCAACCGAAGACGGUUACAGUUAGGCCGGUACCGGAGACGGAGAAAAAUUCCUCCGAUGAAGAUUCUCCGGCGUCGUGUUGUUCAAGCAAUGGAUCCGUUGGACUCGACGAAGAAAGGAUCAAAUCGUUAGAUCUGGAGGUGGAGAGCGCGCAAGGUGAAACGUCGACGUGCAAUUGCGAUGAAGAAAUUGAGAGGAGAGAGAUGAGUCGUUCAAGCGAGUUUCGAGGAAAUUCUCACGAGCUUGAGUCAAUGGAGACCGAUUCUCACCGUCCGAUUUCAUCUGCAAAAAAUACGCCAACGGAUUUCGAGCUUGAAGAAUUUUUCGCUGCUGCUGAGAAAGACAUUCAGAAAAAGUUUCAACAAAAGUAUAAUUAUGAUAUUCUGAAGGACGUUCCAAUGGAAGGACGUUACGAGUGGGUUCAGUUGAAGCCAUGAACGUUAACUUAAACGUAACGCUGUGAAUCUGUUCGAAUUUGCCACUUUGCUGACAUUUUUCUUAUUUUUUUAGUUUAGGUAUUCGAAUUUGAAGUUAAUUUAUGUUUAAUGUGAGCUUCAAGACUCUUUUAUUUAGUGUAUAGAUUUAAUAUUCGGGGUGUGGUUAAUUUAUUUAAGCUAGUUUUGUUUGAUUCUUUGGAAUGGCUUUUACAGAGAAGCAGCUUAGAGAGCAAGCUUGUGCAGAAUUUCUGUAAAUUCACUCAAUGAAGAACAAACAAAUUCUCUUGUUUUCUUUUUAA